AUGCUGUCACCACACUUGUCCUCUGAUCCCUCUGUCUACCUGUCCUUGCCAGAGGAUCAGUGGUCCUGGUCUCACCUAUCAUCCCUCUGGCGAAUUCGUCAUGCCUCAGUGGUGUCCUUCCUGGGCUGCUCCACGUACCUCCCUUGCACCACAGGGACCCACACCGUGGCUGCCUGUGCCCUGAGCAUUUGCAGCACAGGUGGCUACACCUUGGACACCUGCACCAUGGGCAGCUGCAUGGCAGGCACCUGCACUGGAAACAUUGGAAGGAGUCAUUUCAGUCAAUAUGAGGAUCUGCCCCGGCAGCCAACUGAACUCCACCUGGAAUACUUUGAAGAGGCAGUGAACUAUAUGCUGCAGCAGCCACAGGUAAAGGGACCAGGCAUUGGACUGCUCGGUUACUCCAAAGGAGCUGAUCUGUCUCUCGCCAUGGCCGCCUUCCUGAAGAACAUCACCGCCGUUGCUUCUCUCAAUGGCCCUGUGGCCAUCACAGCUGUUCCUCUCUGUUACAAGGACAAAACCAUCCCUCCCUUGCCCUUCGAUGAGCGACACAUCAAGUUCUCACAUUCCCAUAUUCUUGAUUCUUCUGAAGGUUCUAUCGACCCCUUUCAAGCCCCUGGCAACCAAAGCCUGAUCCCACUGGAGAAAGCUGAGGCACAGUUACUAUUCAUUGUUGGACAAGAUGAUCAUGUCAUUAAUUCCCAGUACUAUGCUAUGGCAGCCUGCAAGCUUUUGCAGGCUCAAGGGAAGGAAAAUUUUCAGAUUCUCUCCUACCCUGGAACAGGGCACUGCAUUGACCCUCCCUUUUUCCCUUUGUACCCCAUAGGAAAGCAUCCCAUUUUUCACAAGUGGGCAGUCCUGGGUGGGGAGCUCAGGGCUCAUUCUAAAGCUCAGGUUCAUGCUUGGCCACAAAUCCAGGCUUUUUUCAACAAAUACUUAAAUGACAGCUAAUGUGUAAGAAAGACACAGCUUCAAGUGACCUAACCUGACAGACAUUUUCAUACUUACCAGGUCAAACCCUGUUCACAGUUGU